AGGGCUCUCCUGUCUGGGGACCACAGUCCUGGCACACUCUGGGGGAGGGACAGGGCAGGAAGAAAGGCGGUGAGCACACAGGAGCACGAAUGCUGCUGCUUUCUCCUGGUGGCAAAGCCUCUCCAAGCGAGGCGGCCUGGCGCUGGAGGCCCCAGUAAGUGCCGGUAGGGGAGAGUGUGGUCCCGGAGCCUCAGCACCCACCUCACCUGGGAACGGUUAGAAAUGCAAAUGUUCUUGGCCCCAGCCAGACGUGCUCUAUGGGAAACGGGCGGCGAGGCCUGUAGCACGUGCGUUUUAACAGGCCCUCCAGGUGCUUCUAAGGCACGGAGAAGGAAAGGACUGCGCAACGGGGCUGAAGAGAAGGGCCCCUCCUUUAGGGCUGAUUAGACACCGCCGGUGCCCUUCGCAAGCCUCAUAACAGCUGCUGCGGGCGGGCCUGGCUGAGGCCUGGUGAGGUCGGCGUGAGAGCCCCGCGGGAGCGCUCCGAGGACCUGUCCGGGGUGGAACCCGCGCCCACUGAGCAGCCACAGUGAGGGCAAGGGGACCGAGGGCUGGUCCCUCCCCAAGGCCUCUGCCCAGAUCCCAGCCCGGAUCUGAGCCGCCCGCGCGGCUUCACCUCACUGGGCGACCCUCCGCAGCGCACUGCCCGUUCCCCCGCCCAGCGCGCCAUGAACCGCAGCCGCAUCAGCAGCAGCCCGGACAAGGCAGGAACUGUCACGCUCUGGGGCUGUGAGCUAAACCAGGAGAAGCGGACCUGGAGCUUCAAACCGCAGAAGGGGGGGAAGCAAGACUGUAAGGUGUUGCUCUGUACGAUUUGCUUGGGGGAGAAGGCCAAAGACGAGAUGAACCUCGUGGAGAUCCUGCCCUCAGCAGGCCAGGACGACAAGAGGGCGAAGCCCGUCACCGUCGCCUCGCUGCAGGCCUCCGUCCUACCCAUGAUCACGAUGGGGUUGGAGCUUUCUCCUCCAGUCACUUUUCAGCUCCGGGCUGGCUCUGGACCCGUGUUCCUCAGUGGCCAGGAAUGUUAUGACACUGCAGAUCUCUCCUGGGAGGCGGAGGAGGAGGAGGAGGAGGAGGUGGAAGAGGAGGAAGAAGAGGAGGAAGACGAGGAGGAGGAGCAGCAGCAGCAGCCAGAGGAGGAGGAGGAGGAGGAUGUUGCUAUGUUGCCUGAGGAGACCCCUGUCAAACAGGGCAAGAGGCCAGUGCCGCAGAAGCAGACAAGCGUCGCCAAAAGAAAAAAGGUGGAAAAAGAAGAGGAGUCAGUGAGAUCCAGUCUUAGAGACAAGAGCCCUGUGAGGAAGGCCAAACCCACACCCAGACCUAAAAAGCCGGGACCCAAGAAAUGAGGAUCCAGGAGUGGCCUGGCCACAGUGACCCAGGGAGGGCCUGCCAGGCCACCAUGCAGCGUGGGCCUUCCUGGUGUGCGUCGUGAACCCAGGGCACCCCACCCCCACCCCACCCACCCCAGCUCCGUCCACCUGAGUCUGAAUGUGAUGGAGGAGUUGGGAGCAACACAAACGCCCCUCGCACCAACUCUCUGGAUUCAGCAGGACUUGGAAGGAAGAACCCCAACCUCAGGGGCCACAAUAAAGUUUGCUUUGCCAGGA